AUGAAAAGUGGAAUACCGGCGUCAACAAAAGCGAUUCCAAACAAAGCAAGAGUGUUUCGACGAGGCCACGAAAUGGAUUGUUGUGAGUUAAAAGUAAAAUUGAGAAUCAGCUUUUAGAAUUUUUAAAAGCGACAUUGGAACGUCCAGAACGGCGCCGAUGAGCAUUCCCGGUCGAAAUUAAGUUUAUUGGAGAGAAAUGGAACAGAAUUCGGUUUUGAAGACGAAAGAAGACCGGGAAUGCUAUCGACAUCUGUUUGGACGGUUCAAUUUGCUAUUUUUUUUUGUUUGUUGUAAUGUAUUGUUGAAAAUUCAUGACCCUUUUUCAAGGAUUUCUUAUUUGUAAACGCAAUUUGCAUUUUCUUUACGAGUUUUUCAAAAAAUAAUUUUUUCACUGUAAAAUUUUCGACCCUCGGCGUUUUAUUUUCAAGAAUUUCAAUUCUUUUGACUCGAAGGUUGUGCCUCGUUCAGAUUGAUUUCGUGGUUUCCACUCGGCUUGUGAAAAGCGAUAUUUUGCAAGGCGAGUGGAAGUCGCGGAGUCACUCUGAACGAGGCAUCACUUCGAGGCCAAACUUGUAGUUGCUCGAAAAAAAGAAAGUUUUCGGGGUGUACGAGCCCCUUUGCCACCAACGAACAUAAAUUCUUGAAGAAGCGCGCCAGGAAACGGACGCCACCAGAUCGAUCGUUGGUGACGUCCACACCCGGCGCUGUACUCCAAGAGUCUCUGCAAGUUGGGAGGCAAAUGCUUGGCUGGGAUUCGAACCCGAGUCUCCAGAUCGAGGGACGAGUUGCCUCGCCACUCUACCAAGCCCGCACGAUCGUACCACGAGCCUCGGCGCCCCAUACCGCCGCUGGUCCAAGUGGCCGAGUGUUGGGUCGAGAGGCGCCGUUCGACCCCCGACUGUAGUUUGACCCGCGGCGCCAAAACAUUGCGUCAUCCUUCCACAGCCUUCUAGAAUUUCUUUUUGCGUCAUUCUUUUUCAAAUUUAAGGCUUUUUAUACUAUUUUAAUACAAUUUAAAGCUUUUUUAGUAUGAAGUAUGACAGUAUCCUGUGAUUAGAACUUCUUUUCCUUAUCUUUUACUCAUUGCUUUUUGAAUUCAUUAAAAUAAUUGAAAGCUUAUUCAGUGUAUUCAUUGAUUAGUUGUUAUUAAAAGAGAUAAAUAUUUUCUUUAGUCUCUCUGGUUUUUAUUUCUAUUCCAAAGACUUUAAACAUUUUUUUUUGAAGAACCAUAAGGCGAAGUUUUCCUAAUUUCAAUAACUUUAUGCAAGUCCGCAAUCUACAAACUUCACCAUUCUUGAACCAAAGUCAAACUUUUGCUGAUGCCACAUGAUUCCGCGAAUCUCAUUUUGUUUUGUUUUAUUAUCCAUGAUUUUUCAGUGGUCCAAAGAAGUGCGAGCACUUUGGCGACAUCAUGUGUUUCCAAAGGGCCGAACUGCUCCUGAAAUUCUGCUCAAAUGCCCGGUCCCGUCUGUGCUUCGACUUCGAUUGAAUGAGCGGUGAUUUUCUUAUGUUUUUUAUAUUAAAUGAUUUUGGGUCUUUCAGGAAACGUGGCCGACAGAACUGGGCUUGUCAGAAACGAUACGAAAUUGAAUGGGACGACUUGACGCGAUUCCGUGGAAUUUCUGACAAGCCCAGUUCUGUUCCGACUUCGAACAAGGAUCCUUUUGUAAGUUUCUGUUUCUUUCUCACUUUUAGUUUUUCAAAGAUAAAUGACGAAGAACUUUCAGGAGAAAGCAAAGCCACCUGGACAAAACAGCCGCAACAAGCUGGUCAACUUUCAUUCUUCAAAUGUUUCAUGUUUUUAUCGCUAUUUUAAUAAAAGAGCUUAUUGCGGUUGUUUUGUUCGUCAUAUAUCUUUGAAGGCCCUUUUUGACUCUUAGGUUGUUUAAUGAUGCGUUCGGUAGUUCAGUUUUAGUUUGAAUCCCAUAGGGAAAAGUUUAAAUGUGAACUCGAUGCGGCUGUUGAGCGGUUAUUGACGUUCUCAUUUUUUUUUUUUGAGUAUUUCGGAACUUUAUGACUUUUGGUGGGAAGUCGAUGACCGCUAAACAGCCGCUUCGAGUUUCACUGGGCCCUGACUUGAGAUGAGUGAGGCCAUUCUAUUGUUAAUUGAUUAUUUUUGGUUGUUUUCGCUUUGGAAUGUUACUUUUUUGUAUUGAAAGUUGUUUUUAUGUGGCCUUGUAUCUCUUCAAGAAUUUUUAUCACUCUUCUUCUGGUUUUUUUAUUCCCUAAACACUUCUGAACUCUCGUACUGUGAUAUAAUUUAAUUAUAGAACCAAAGAUCUAUGAUUUAAGUUUAGAAGAAAAGGCUCAAUUUCCUUUACAAAAAAUAACUAGCACGACUUCUCACACUUUUUCGCUACGUUUUUUUUAAAAUCUGUCAUGAGAUAUGAAGAAAAUUUAGUGAUAAAUAUCAGUAGAAUGGCCUCUUCUCAUAGUAAAUAUCCACUGCGACUAAACUGCUUCGUCCAUCCCGGUUGUUCUGCGAUUUUCAUUUUCAAUUCAAAAGGGUGAGCUUCUUCUUGGCCUCGGUCAGAAAGAAGAAAGGGGGCUUCCAGCCGGCUCUUUGGCACGGGGAUAUUCGUGUCGAGCAUGACCUCGGACACUCUUUCCGGAGGGGAGAUCUCAGCCACUCGGAACCUCUGAGUGGCACUUCGGUCCAACCAUGGAGACUGGUGCACUGUCCCACUCCUCCGUGCUCCAUAUGCCCAUAGUCUAACUUGAAAAAACCUGUCAAAUCACAGAACUUCUGGGCGUGUACGAUCAGUGUUAGAAAUGUUUUGUAUCAACCCUGCGAAGCCUUGUACUUUUUCAAAAACGUGCGUGAGGUUUACUUCGGUAUUCCGACACGGAAGAGAGUUCUCAGCCACUUGUGGCAACUUCGGUCUGACCAAGGAGACUGGUGCUUUUCCCACUCAAGCUCCUCAGAACAAAAGUACGAGCCUUUGCACGGCAUCUGGUUGCAGUUUGGAUUAGUUAUCAGACAUCGUGAAAAAGUUCAAAGGGUGUUGCUGAACAUUGGAAGUCGGGCUCAAUGGAGGCCACUCCAUUCAGUGAUGAGAGAGUGCUCACAAAGACUUGCCAAAGUCGAGUCCGGUCAGGUUCUCCCGGCCGAUCUCAUCACAGCACGGCGGAAAAUGCUUUAG